AUGCUCCACACAUCCUACCACGCAGAUUCCGAUGCGGACGAUGAAUACGAACGCAGCGUGAUUACCUCUCCGCGCCUCCCUACAGACUCGGAGACUUCACCGACAGACUCUGACAUACCUUCUUCGGAACACACCCCGACCAAGUUUGGCUACUCCGAUGACCGCUCUCCCCGGACGGUGAUUACAGAAUGGACGGUCGAUGAGUGCCUGGAAUACUUGACCUCUCUGGGUCUGCUUCAGUACCACGGUACAUUCAGAGAAAAUGGAAUCGUCGGUGAAGCGCUCAUCGCCCUGAGACAUGAAGAGCUGAAGGAGAUGGGAAUUAAUAGCGUCGGACACCGAUUGACGAUUCUCAAGACUGUGUAUGAAAUGAAAGUCAAACAGGGUGUCCCGCUUGAGGCGGACCAUUACAUUCCACUGUCAACGGAGCAAAGUAUGAAUGAAAGUGCAUCGCAAGACGAUAUUGCGCGUUUGAUUCAGUCCAUCCGACUUCGGGACGAGAAGCUCAUGGCCGUCGAGAUAGAGCUGCGCCGGGUUUCCGAGGACUACCGCCGAUUACGGCAAGAAUUAUUGCCAGUUUUCAAAAUCGCCAAAGAUCGGUCACAUCCGCUGCCUCCUCCUUCGUCUUUUGGGCAAUCAUCCGAAACGUUCUACGAUUCCCAGACUCUCACCUCUCCCUCACAACUCACGCUCCCCGAUCAGUCCAAACUCUCCAGGGGUGUCUCAAAACGCACCUACACUGGAGGUGUCACGCCCAAAAGCAGUUCACCAACACAUAUCCCCUCUGCCCAUGAACGGCCCGGGUCAAGUCUGGAGCCUUCGGCAGCUGCCAUGGCUGCUUCUACUCACCUGACUGCUUCCCUCAAUGGAGGACUACAACACUCACCAGGGAUGCCAUCUCCGACAUCUCCAAGCGGGCUUUAUGGACAACAACAGACCCUUAAUCCGCGAUCCUAUUCUCAGCCCAGGGAGAGCAAUAUUGGUCGCACAGGACAUGACCAUGAUGAGACAGCAUCCGUGCAUACUCGGUCAGAUCGACUGACUACAAGUCAUCCGCCCACAUCACGGACAGACACUCCCUCCUCAAACUCGCGGGUCGAAUCGCGGGCUGGCGGGGAAGCGACACCCAGUGUGGAAAUCUUCAAAUCAUUCCGGGUCUCCUUCGACGAUCCCUGCUAUAAAGUUCUUCCGGCCGCGCUGAAAAAAUACAACAUCCAUUCCGACUCCAAGAACUACGCGCUAUACAUUGUUUACGGAGACCAGGAACGAUGUCUGACGAUGGAAGAAAAACCUCUGAUUCUCUUCAAACAGCUGGCAAAGGAGGGAAGAAAACCAAUGUUCAUGCUGCGCAAAAUACAUCCUGACAACUCCGGCUACCCAGUCGGCACUAUAUCUGGUUCAGCACCCAACAGCGCUGGGUUCGAUGGUGGUCGAGCGCAGAUUAAUCUCCCCGGCGGUGUUCUUUGA